AUGGAGACUAGCUCCCGGGAAUGGGAGGGGGAUGGGCAGCGCUGGAGAAUAACGCCCCGGACGGGCUGCGAGCCCCAGAUUCCCGGGAAAUCCCAGCAGCCUGGAAGAGCUGGGCUUAGAGUCUCCUCUUUGAAGAGUUCUCAGGAAGUUUGGGGGAGGGGCGAGCCGCUCUCUCCUGUUCAAAGCGGGCGGGAGGGUGAGGAAAGAGGACAGUAGCAGCAGGUCUCGGAGCUGUCACGUUCCUGCCCACGGGCAAGACGCGGGCGAGGGGCGAGGGCGAGCGCGCCGGCCGGCAUGGAGGGACUGGUCCUGUUCAACGCCCUAGUCACCCGGCUGCUGUUCUUCUUGCACUCGCUGGUUGGGGUCUGGCGAGUGGCCGAGGUGAAGAAGGAGCCGAGGUACUGGCUGCUCGCGCUGCUCAACCUCUUGCUCUUUCUGGAGACUGCGCUCACCCUCAAGUUCAAGCGCGGCAGAGGCUACAAAUGGUUUUCACCAGCUAUAUUUGUAUAUCUGAUUAACAUCGUCCCAUCAUUGUGGAUUCUUGAAUUGCAUCAUGGGAACCAGUAUUGUGGUAGCCAAUCUGAAGAAAUGUCACAGAAUACCAGCAUCAAAGAAGACUUCAAUCAAACUCUGAUGUCAAGUGAACAAACCCAUGGAGGGGAUAAUCUCAUUGAGUCGGCGAAAGUUUUUGUAAAUAACUUAUCUACAAUGUGUGAGAAAGAUUGGACUUUGGGACUCCAUCAGACAUUCUUGUUAAUGCUAAUAAUUGGAAGAUGGCUUCUACCUGUGGGAGGCACAAUCACCCGGGACCAGCUCUCUGAACUUCUUCUCAUGUUUGUGGGGACGGCAGCUGACAUCCUGGAAUUCACAAGUGAAACUUUGGCAGAAGAAAAUGUGAGGAAUAACCCCGCCCUCGUCUAUGCCAUCCUCUGCAUUUGGACCUGGAGCAUGCUGCAGUUUCCGCUCGACCUGGCAGUCCAGCAUGUCAUGUGCCCCUUAUCUGUGACAGCGAGGGGGUUCCCCAGCCUGUUCUUAUGCCAAUACAGCGCCGAUCUGUGGAACAUUGGAAUCAGUGUCUUCAUACAAGACGGCCCCUUCCUCGUCGUGCGUGUCAUACUGAUGAGCUAUUUCAACGUGAUCAACCAGAUGCUGGUGUUCUUUGCCGUGAAGAAUUUCCUCGUGGUGAUGUUACACCUCUACCGCUUGGUGGUUUUGGCACUGGGGGUCCGUGCCUCCUUGCGCAGGCAGCCAGAGGUGCCGAAAGAAGAGCGCAGCAGCCGCGUGGAACUGGCUGAGAGUGGGGUCCCCCCUGGGGGCUGGGAGGGCGGUGCUAAGGAGGGCUUGGCGCUGCCUUUCCGGGCACCACGCCCCUCUGAUGACUCUGACCCCACCCCGUAG